AUGGGGGAUGUGGUGGGAGUCAUUAAUGAUGUCAUGACACAGAGUAAGAAGUGGAACCAAGAGGUGUUUGGUAACAUCUUUAAAAGAAAAAAUCUCCUUCAGAGCCGUAUCCAAGGGAUCCAAUCGUCACCUUGGUACAACAAUGCUCGCGGACUCCAAAACCUAGAACAGAAGCUCAUGAAGGAGCUCAGUUCGACCCUAGCUCAAGAGGAACUGCUUUGGUUUCAAAAAUCAAGAAGAGCCUGGAUUGAAGACGGGGACAAGAAUACUAAUUACUACCACAAAUCAACCGUGAUUAGAAGAAGUAGAGGAAGGGUGCGGGCGCUCAAAAUUAAUGGUGAGUGGACGUCUGAUCCAAUUAUUCUUAAAGAUCAUAUCACCGAGUUCUUCUCUAGUUUAUUUCGCAGAAAUAAUCAGAUGGGUCAAACCACCUCGGAGAGUCACCACGGCUAUAGCUUGAACACAAAUGAAGCGGCAAACCUAAUCCGUCUGGCGGAUGUAGAGGAAGUUAGGAAAGCUGUGUUUGGCAUGAAAAGGAUGGGGAGCCCGGCCCUGAUGGAAUCCAGGCAGUCUUCUACCAAGAUUUUUGGGACGUGGUCGGACGCUCCUGAAUCUGCGGCGGAUUUUAGACCGAUUACCUUGCUUAAUGUGAUCUUUAAGAUCAUUUCCAAAGUGGUUGUUAACAGGUUGAGACCUCUGAUGGACAAACUGGUGGGACCCCACCAAAAUAGCUUCCUGCCGGGUAGAUCAACUUUGGACAAUAUUGUGCUGACUCAGGAAAUUAUGCAUGGCAUGAGAAAGAAGAAAGGAAAAAAAGGGUCCCUUGUGAUGAAAAUAGACCUACACAAGGCCUAUGACAGUAUAGACUGGUCUUUCCUCAAACACACUCUGCAGGACUUUGGUUUUCCCACGCAGCUGAUCAGUCUCAUCCUUUUUUCCUUGAAAGAAAGUUCUAUUGGGAUUCUUUGGAAUGGAGGAAAACUACCCGCCUUUACCCCUGAGAGAGGCUUGAGACAAGGGGAUCCUCUAGCCCCCUAUCUCUUUAUCUUGGCUAUGGAGAAACUGUCCAUGAAAAUCCAACUGGAAAUUAAUGAAAGAAGAUGGAAACCGAUCGUCAUGAAUAGAGGAGGUACCGCAGUAUCACAUCUCUUCUUCGCGGACGACCUGAUGCUUUUUGGGGAUGCUACUGAAUCGCAAAUCAAGGUUAAAGCGUCUGGUGGGUUCCACGGCAAAUAUCCCCAUCACCGAGAAUCUGGGGAAAUACUUGGGGAUCCCCAUCCUACAUAA